AUGGCCGACGCGACCUCGGGCGUCACGGCGGACUUGUUGCGGAUGAAGCUCAUCGAGCAGUUGCAGGCGCAAUAUGUCGAGAUUGAAGAUUUGUCUGGCGGCUGUGGUCAGGCAUUCCAGGCGGUUAUCGUCUCGCCGCAGUUCGAGAGCAAGACGAUGCUUGCCCGUCACCGACUCGUCAACUCAGUUUUGAAGACCGAGAUUGCGGCCAUCCACGCCUGGACGCCAAAGUGUUAUACGCCAGAGCAGUGGCAGAAAGCGCAGGGGAGUGCCUGA